ACACCUGAGAUUUCCCGCUCCCAGCCCUGCCUUGCUCUGCUCUCCUGGGGCGGGGACAACGCUCCCCCCCAGAAGGGGCGCAUCUAAUCGCUUUCUGCCAGUGCCCUGGCGUUACUCAACUUCUUAUCUUCCACGCUGCCUGCACAGCCUGCACAACCCCAGGACUGCAGACAGCGCUGAGAGGAACAAGCUCUGGUCUACCUCCAACCACAGCUCCCGGGCCCAUGGCGUCCCCCUUCCCCACCAGGAGCUGGGGGCAGCUUUCCGGCAACGUCACCUUACCCGUGACCAACAACAGCACCAUGCCCACUUCCAACGUCCUCGACCAGCUCUCGGUGGCCAUCUUCGUGGUCUCCUCCCUGCUGGGCAUGGUGGGCAACAGCCUGGUGAUUUGGGUCACCUGCUUCCGCAUGCGCCGGACGGUCAACUCGAUCUGGUUCCUGAGCCUGGCGCUGGCCAACCUGCUCUACUCCCUGCUGCUGCCUUUCUACGCCGCCAAGACCGCCGCGGGCAAUCAGUGGGCCUUCGGCAACUUCCUCUGCAAAGCCGUCAACUCCCUCCUCUUCCUCAGCAUGUUCACCAGCGUCUUCCAGCUGAUGCUCAUCUCGGCCGAUUGCUGCCUCCUGGUGGCCCGGCCCGUCUGGGCCCAGCGGUUCCGCACGCCGCGCUUGGCUUGGGGGGCGGCCGCCGUGGCGUGGCUGCUGGCCGGGGCUUUCUCGGCCCCCUACCUGGUCUUCCGGCAGGUGACCUGCCGGGGCGAGCGCUGCUUCUGCAUCAACAAUUUCGGGGACGAGGCAACGAGGAUGGCGCGGCAGCAGGCCAUGAUCGUGGUGCGGUUCGUGGCCGGCUUCCUGGCACCGCUGCUGGUCAUCACGGCCUGCCACGUGGUCGUGAUGCUGCGGGCCGGGCACCGAGGCCGCCGGCCCAACCGUACGGCCAAGGUGGUAGCUGCCGUGGUGUUGAGUUUCUUCUUCUGCUGGCUGCCCUACCACGUCUUCAACUUCCUGCACAGGUCGCCGAGCAAUCGUGCAGCCUUCAAGGUGGGCUCCUCCCUGGCCUUCAGCCUCACCUGCCUGGGCUGCUUCCUCAACCCCCUGCUCUACGCCUUCCUGGGCCGCCGCUUCCAGGAGGGGCUGCGGGGCAGCAGCCGCGCCCGCUGGCUGGAGGCCGCCAUGGCCGAAGACUCGAUGGGCUCCAGCAGCGGGCGCCGGAGCAACCGCUCGCUGGGCUCCACCAGCCCUCCGAGCUGCGGAUAAUGCAGCCGUGAUGGGGCAGGGGGAAGGGGCCAGGGCCCCGUGAGGGGUGGGGGGCAGCUGUGGGAGGGCACCGAGCAGGGCAUGCUGGGAGCCCAGAGCCGCACCAGAUCAGUGCAUCCUGGGAGCCCAGGGCUGUGCUGGAGCAGUGCAUGCUGGGAGGCCAUGGGACAUGGCGGAGCAAUGCAUGCUGGGAGCUGUCAUCAUCUCCUUGGGCUGCGCUGGAGCAGUACAUGCUGGGAGCCCAGGGCCUCACCAGAGCAGUUCAUGCUGGGAGCCCAUGGGCCACACUGAAGCAGUGCAUGCUGGGACACCAGAGCCUCGCCAGAACAGUGCAUGCUGGGAGCCCAUGAGCUAUGCUGAAGCAGUGCAUGUGGGGAGCUGUCGUCAUCAGCAUGGGCCAUGCUGAAGCAGUGCAUGCUGGGAGCCCAUGGGCCAUGCCAGAGCAGUGCAUGCUGGGAGCUUACGGGUCACACUGCAGAGGAGCAUGCUGGGAACUCUUGCCCUCAUUGGCCACACUGGAGCAAUAACAGGCCACGCCCCUUCCCCAAUGCUGCAGGAACUCAGUGAUACUCACUGGCUGCCACCCCACAGGGUGGGCGGGGCUAUUACAAGGCUGUUGCCAUGGUGGUUGCCAUGGAUACCACCACCUGGCCACCAUUUUAGGGCCUGAUUUUCACACCGGGGUGGAGUGAUUCCUAAAACCAGGCUUUUUUUAUACAGACGGCUCAGAUCUACUUUUGUUACAUUGACCACCCCAUUGGUUGCCGUAUCCUUCCACCAAUUAAUGUAGUCCAUCCAAAAAAAAAAAAGAAUUCUGGGAAUCCAGCCCACUUUACACAGGAGCCGGCUCUACUUUCAAAGGACAGCUACCGAGUAUCCUUCCACCACAAAAGUAGUCCCUCAAAACUGGACCCUUUUGAUACAGGAACCGGAUCUACUUUCAAUAGAUACUGAUUGUGUGUCCUUCUGCCAAAAAAAUAGUUCCUCAAAAAAAUAAUAGCUGAAAACCAGGCCCUUUUCGAACAGAAGCCCUGUGACGUUCCUCCAUUACUUGUGUGUGUCCUUCCGCCAAACAACAAAAGGUAAAAUAGCCCCUUAAAAAUCUGAAAAUCAAGCUCCAUCAUAUUCGGGUACCGGGACUACUUCCUUUGUCAUCUUCUUGCACUCUGUUUUGUGGCCUUCCACCACAACUAUAGUCCCUGAAACGCACAUGGGAAAGUUGUGCCCUUUAAAUACAAGGGCUGGGCUUUAUUACGCCCCCUUCUGUCCUCUUCCACUCAAAAGAAGUAGUCCAGUCCACCGAACAAGUAGAGAUCGUCCCCUUAUCUCCUUUGUAUCCUAUCCCCGGCAGAUGAACGCCAGCAAAAAUAGUCCCUCCAAUAAGCAUCCUGAAAGUCAUGCUCUAUGUUACAGGCCAGAACUUCUCUGUCCUCUCCCUGAGCUUUGUAUCCUUCCGCCGUCUCGGCAAUAGCCUCUCCCAAAAAAGGCGCCAUAACCACUAGACCCCCCAUUCCCCUCCCAGAGCGGGGCAGAGAACCCAGGAGUCCUGGCUCCCAGCCCUCCCUGCUCUAACCACUAGACCUCACUCCCCUCUCAGAGCUUGGUAUAGAACCCAG